UUUUCUUAAUUUCUAAUUUCUAAAGAUUGUGCGAUUAGUAUACAAUAUACAUAAUAAUAGUAAAUGUUGACUUCCUAUUGAAUUUCUUGUUAUAUCCUGAAAAAAGUUACGUGAAAAUUACUGAUUAAUUCACAAUAUAAUCAAAAUGACAUCUGGACCAUACAAUUAUUCAUACAUUUUUAAAUAUAUAAUAAUUGGUGAUAUGGGUGUUGGCAAAUCAUGCCUGCUUCACCAAUUUACAGAAAAAAAGUUUAUGGCAGACUGCCCUCAUACAAUAGGAGUAGAGUUUGGCACUAGAAUAAUUGAAGUGGCAGGGCAAAAAAUAAAACUACAAAUAUGGGACACAGCUGGCCAGGAAAGAUUUAGGGCUGUAACACGUUCAUAUUACAGAGGUGCAGCGGGAGCACUAAUGGUUUAUGAUAUAACAAGAAGAUCCACAUACAAUCACCUAAGCAGUUGGUUAACGGAUACUCGCAACCUUACUAAUCCAAGCACUGUGAUAUUCUUGAUUGGUAAUAAGUCUGACUUAGAUGGAAAACGUGAUGUAACAUAUGAAGAAGCAAAACAGUUUGCUGAUGAAAAUGGAUUGAUGUUUGUGGAAGCGAGUGCAAAGACUGGGCAAAAUGUGGAAGAAGCCUUCCUGGAAACUGCGAAAAAAAUAUAUCAAAGUAUACAAGAUGGACGAUUGGAUUUGAAUGCGGCGGAGUCUGGCGUUCAACACAAACCUGCGGCGAGUGCACGCCCCCUGGCGGCGGCGCCUGCUUCAAACAACAACUGCGCGUGCUAAUGAAUAUCGUGCGCUGGCACCUGCUGUUAUACUGUGUAAGGAUGUGUUUAUAUAUCAAUGUAGGAUAAAUAAAAUAUUGGUAAUAAAUGUUUAAACUACAUAUUUGCCUAUAUUGUUAUUUGUUAUAUUCUGUUAGAGAACUUAUGUAUGUAGGUAUCGGUAUCAAAUUAAUUGAAUAAAAUGGUAUUAAUAUUUUCCUAUUAUCGUGCGCAAAUUUCGAAUUUGCGCAUGCAUUUGCGUUCGCAAAGUACCACUUUCCCACACGAUGACACGAGCGUGCGGGAAUGUUUGAAAAUAAUUAUAGUGGUCGAAAUUUUCGCAACUUAAUAGGAAAAAUAGUAUACGAUACUCGUGCGCACGUAGGUCAUUCUGCACUCGCUUCGAUCGUGCGGGAACGACCUACUUUGCGCACUUGUAGGUAUUGGUAAACGAUAAAUAUUCAAGUGCUUUUUUGUUUAACACUUUCUACCCUAAUGUACAAUUAGGGUGAUCUCAAUCUGAGGUUUUAUAAAGUUACUUAUGCAGUUUUAUGGAUAAGAAAAAAGUUUCUUAAUAUUAAGUUAUAAAAUUAAAUAUGUAAUUGAUUUGACUUGAUUUUUGCACUUACAGAAAAUCUACUCUUACGUUAAUUAUAUGUAUCUGAAAUCUUGUUAAAAUUAUCACUUAUCAGUUAUUGAAUCAUUACGUGUAAUAAGUUAAACCACAUCAAUAACUUUAAAAAACUAUAUAUAUAUCCAAAAUCUAUAAAAUAUAUAUAAACUAUAUAUAUAUAUACUAACUAUAUAUAAACGAAGAAACCUUCCUUGAAGCUCAAGGAAGGUUUACAUAAUAUAUAAUUUAUAUGGCAAAACAACGUUUGCCAGGUCAGCUAGCUAUAUAUAAAACUAUGCAAUUAAAUUUUUACUUUUUAGAGCAUAUUAUAUCUAUUGUUUUUAGAAUAGUUUUAUUUGAAGUCGGUUGUUUUUUUGUUUAAUUUUUUUUUUAUAAAAUAAUGUUUCUUUUCCUGUGUAAGUACAGUUUCAAUGUAUUAUAGUAGGUAUCUAGCUAUAUUUUCGGAAAAUAAAAAGAAAUUGAUAACAUACAUAAGUAAUUCAGAAGUAUUAUAAAAAUAAGUAUCACACAUUCUUUCACUUGAAAGUUUUAUUUUGAAUAGAGCUAAUCAUUAUAUGACAAGUGUGGGCAGACCUCAGUCCUUAACCCGCAAAUAUCGAUCGAGCGUGAUUCCAUACAUUCUUCUUAGGUUUCGUGUCUGGUGUUAAUAAGCCCAAGUCUAAAAACUGAUUGACUUUAGGUAUUACUUUCUGUAAGCCUUAGUUUUUGAUAAUAUCUACUAGUAAAAACAAAAUAAGGGCCAAUUAUUGAGGUUUAAAGGUUGAUUAUUGAUUCUAUUGGAUAAAUUAUUUGGUUUUUAUUGUAAACUUAUACAUAAAAUAAUGAUGCAAACAAUUAAAAAAUAGUUAAUUUCAUUACGAGUGCGGAAAGCCUGUCAUUGCAUACCCGAGCCGAGGACCAGCCGAUGGUGAGGGUUGACAGUUGGAACAAGUUGCAAUGACGGUUCCGCGCGUGUACUGAACAUCUAUUUUUAAUACAGUUGCGAAAAAAUGAAGAAUUUAAUAGAAUAAUACUAACACAAUUAACUCAACUAACUAAAAUGGCGCCAACCGUAAAAGAAUAUAAGCAGAGAUUUUUUUUUAUUUCUUCACCCAUUUUGGGUAGGCAAAGGGAACUAUGCCCAUACAGCCAAGUCUUUAGUAGAUUUUUUUUAUUCAUAUGAAAUGAAAAUGAAUUUUAAUGAGAUGAAAUGCAAUAAAACCUAACCUAACUCAUUGAAUCAAAUCAUUAAAUCUGACAUUGAAAUAAAUAUUCGCAUAAAUCAUAAUAACUUCGUGGUUUUUUUAAUAGACAUUAUUUUGACAGUUGGCAAAGAGAACGCACAAGUUCGGAAAAGGUAAAGAAAAAGCACGAGUAUGUAAUAGCCCACAUCCCGAUCGCUUUACGUCCAUGCAAUACACCACUUUUUGAGCAACUGUAUUAAAAAGAAAUUUUCUCCACUUUUUCCUCAAAAUUAACAUUUUUGCAAAAAUAAUUAGUGAAGGAAAAUUUUUUGAAAAAAAAUAAAUAAAAUGUUGGUUGAUUUGUGACUUUCCUCAGUAUCUAGUAUGCCCUCCUCGUUUUCUAAUGCACUCUUGAAGCCCAGAAGAUACACUCUCCACCAGGUGUACCCACUGUUUCUUGAGGAAUUUGUUCCCAGCUUGAUUUCAGAACGUUUAUUCGUUGUUGUUCUUUUAUUGUACACGGGUUGGUUUGUGCUUCGAACACUGCGUCUCAGUAAAUCCCACAUGUGUUCAAUGGGAUUGAGAUCCGGACUGUUUGCAGGCCAGGGCAACAUCUGUAUACCAGCCUCCUCUAGGGAUUCUCUUGUGGCCCUAGGUUUAUGAGCGUGAGCAUUAUCGUGCAUCAGACGUCAAAUAACGGCAUAACUUUUUAAAAAUAUUAAUACAGCCACUAGUUAAACAAAACUUACAGAAUCGUCAAUUUGACUGAGUUGAAAUCCAUCUUAAAAUGGGGUACAAUCAAGUGGUACCUAUAAAUUAUCAAAAACUACCCACUUUAAACAAUUAUGCAGGUGGAAUACUCAAAAAAUGUGUGUAAACAAAUCCUUUAACACCACGAUAAAUAAUCAGCUACUUGAGAAUGCAUAAAAAAUAAAUUAUUGCUAUCGAUGUAAAAAAAAUCAAGUGGCCCUUAUUUUGUUUUGACUAGUAUAUUUACAGAAUAAUCGGGUGAGUACACUCAACAAUUAUUAUAACCUGCGUUUUAAACACAAAUUAGAGUUAAGUUAACAUUAGCAAGAUGUCAUAACAAUAAUUACUAAUCUUAAAUUUGGUUGAUAGUUACGAUAUUUUGCCGGAGCAACUGUGUCCUACCAUAGACACGCUGAGGCAAGAACAAUAUGAUACAAAGAUCAUGUACCAAGUACAUGGAUUUUUGUUUAUGUCCAUUCUCUCACCCACAUUAUGAUAUAAAUAUUUAUUGUAUAUUAAUAUAUCUUCAAUACACUAUGUAUGACUCAUAUUCGAGUCCUUAUAAUUGUCGUAUAUCAGUGUGAUACUUUAAAAUGAACUUAGCUGUUAAGUCAGUGCAAUUAUCAUUAUUGAGUGCCCCUUUAUUCACCUAACAGUACAUGGCAUCAGCUGCUGUUUCGAUAAUACGGAAUGGCUGUAUGUGAGAAGUGUCUAGCUCAGUUCUGUCACUGUCAAAGUGAAAACAGUGUUGGACUGUCAUCCUUGGUACGCGGCUACUGUCAACUGUGUUGUUUGUGUGAAUUGUUGUAUUAAUUGAGAUUGAACUAACGGCCAUUCCCAAUAUUCAGUCUAUCUGUUACUUGAGAUAAAAAUCGUAACUAUCGUCGACGUUUCUAUGUUUUUAUUAUCCGUACACGCUGUCUGCCAAUGGGACGAUGUAUAGCUUACCAGCGAUUGAAGUUUGUAUGGAAAUUGCAAAUCACGCGUCAAAGGCGAUAAGAAUGACUUAUCAAGUAUAUUGGGACAGCUUCGGAUUAUUGACAGCUAAUUACUGACAAUAGAAGGUAGUAAUUUAUCUAUAUCUGUAGAUAGUAUAUUGGGGACGGCCGUAAGAGUAUUGAUUUUGGUUACAAAAUAUAAAAAAAAAUAUUAUUUACUGCUAAAAUAGUUAAUUGCAGUCAUAAUAACAAUUUUAGUGGUAAUAAACAUUAUUAAAUUGGUUGCUUAUAUAUUUUGUAUACUUUGACCUGGCAACUUUCUUCUUUCAGUUUUUAUAGUGUUUCCAUUGACUAUUAAGGGGAUUUAUGUAACGAUAAUUUUGACGUCGAUUCUUACACACUUCCCUUAUUCAGCCAGUGUUAAUGGUUAACCCUAUUCUUAUUGGCAUUCACUAGUUUGUUGAAAGUAAAUAUAUUGUUGUAUAACUAAUUUAUUCACUUAAAUCAUGGCACUGUUGAGGAUUAUAUUCAUCUAGUAGAGGUGUUUGGGAUCUAGUAUUAUUGUCAUUCAAUUGUUUCCAAAAAGAAUGAACGAUGUGGAUGCUUGCGUUUCGAAAAUAUGAAAACAAAAAGAUUUCUACAUAUAAUGUUGAAAAUUUGAUAAUUAACUUUGAAAGAUGCUUAUGUGUCAAAGUAUCAUUUUAGUCCCUGUAAUCUGAAAAUAAAGAUUUUGUUGUACAUUGUUUUAACAAUACAAUUAACAAGUUAAAGUUAAGUGAGCACUGUAAACAUGUGUGACUCUUUGUCAACAUUGAUGUUAUAAAUUAGAUCCGGCAGUUGGGAGGCUGGCAGGUGAUAAGUCCACAGCCGGAGGUCAAGCAUUAGGUUUAAAUAUUGUUAUCAAAUCAAAGAAUAUUAAAAAUUAAUAUAUAAGACGUAUUUAUGUAAUAUUGUAAGGUAGUUUUGGGCCUUUAUUGAUUUUACAUUUCUUGUGAAGUUCUAUUUAUUAUCAUAUUCAACAUUCCAAAUUUUUAUUAUAAAAGAAUCAUAUCAACUGUAUUAAACACAUUUUUUUUUAAAUACGAAAACCACGAAUAAUGUGCAGCCUGGCUCAUGAUAAUAAUAUUAGGGUCCCUUAAAUGUUUAAAAUGUAUUUUUUAAAUAAUAUUAUUUAUGUCGGUAUGUUACUAAUUAAAAUGGAUAUGGUAGUUACUAAGUAUGUAAUGUAUGAUAAGGAAAGCUAAUUAUCGUAUAGAAAUGCUGUGUAUUUAAUAAUUUUUUGGCUUAUUAAUUUGCUAUUGAAUUAAAAGGUACAUCUGACAAGCCGAGCAUGAGCAGAGCUCGAAUUUGUCCAGUGUGAAGGAGCAUGCAUCGGGCUCACAGUUAAGUCUUCAGUCAGUCGAAUAAUUAGAUACAAGAUUUGUAUAAAAUAGUGAUCUUAUGAAUCCACUUACAUAUAGCCGGCUGCCUUGUAAAAUAGGAUACAAAAAUAAAACUCUACAGAAUGCCUUUAUUCUUGUUUCUGAUUAUAAUUUCACCGCCAUAAUGUUUAUUUGACGCAUUAUUGAUGGUACGUGUUCGGAUGGUAGGACGUCAAUUGAUUUAAAAUUUAUACUUAUAACAUCUGCUACAGACGAGAGUUCAUCUAUUUUGAUACAGAUUAUAUAAUUUCAUAUGUGAAAUAAAGUUGUUACUUUUUAUUAAAAAAAUUUAUUGAAGCAGGCGUUACUUUGCGGAAAUCCAUAAUUAUACAAAUGAUUUGAGUUGUCUUUAGUGUUAAUUCCGCCAAUAUAUGAAACCACGAGGCACGAGACUAACGGUGUCUCGUGCCAGAUUUUGGCGAGACAACACGUCCUGAGGAUGCCUCGUAUAGAGGCGAAACACGUGUCGAAUUGUUUAAAGACGAAAUAUUGACGGAAUUAACACUAAAGAAAACUCAAAUCAUUUGUAUAAAGUUGUUACUUCUGGCAACCCUGCUCACAGUAGGCUCGUGGAUGCGAUAAGUGAUACACGUGCUCAUCGCUCGGUGAUUUCGCAAUUGAUGCAUUAUAUAAAAAUUAUUCAUUCAUGGUACUUUAAAAAAAUAAGAAGAUUUACGCAUGUCUCGUAUAUUUUGUUGAGCAGGUUAUGAUAUAGACAUUCUCUGAUCUGUGUGGUCAAAUUAAACAUGUACUUUCUAAAACAACUUAUGUUUUAAUUCUCAAUUAUUAUUAAUGAACGUUGGAAGAGCUCUCGCACGGAACGCGAGAGGUCGCGGUUUCGAGUCCCGCGAGUCCUUAAAUUUUGUUUUCAAAUUUUAUUUGUGUACUUUAAAAGUUUUCGAUGUCAUACGAACAAAGUUCUGCAAUUGGCUAGUUGAUUGUGGUCAGCUCUCAAAUGGUUAGGUUUUGACGACGAUACCCGUCUUUAUAUAAAUUUGUAGAUAACUAUUUUUUUUACUAACUUUGGCCAGAAUAAUCGCUGCAGCAAUGAUAAUAGUAAAAAGUCCAAGCUUGCCACGGGCCACCAGGACACUAAUCGUUGUAGAUUCAUUUGACGCCGAAGGAAGCCUGAACAAAACAGGUUCGCUUGUGCUCGGCCCGUUAAGUGUUGACGAACCUUUAAUGCACCUGAGUUUUUCUUUUUUUUUUUAAUAAAAUAAGGUAUUAUUUUACAUUAUAGAGUGUUCUCGCUAGAAAAUCUUUUACAUGGCACCUAAUGUUAGUCUUAAUAAUGCAUUGUUAUAUUUUAUGUACUGUGGUAUGUCUUGUAGUGAAAUGAUAUAUUUGUAUAACCAUAACGGGGUACCUAUCCAACUUCUGGAUAACAUAUUCUAAAUACUUAAAUCUCGCGAGGUAGGUAUGUAGAAAACAGGUUGACAUGGUUGUAAAGUAACCGUAGGUUAUUAAGGUUAAUUGAUUGAUUGUGCUAUUAAAGAGGUCAUACAUCUAUUUUUUCUACUUCCAUUUCGUAAUUUACUCAAUACAAACCAUAACACAAAAGUUUGCACUCCUACACGGCGUUUGGUAAUGGUCAUUUCCAAGUCAAAUUACUCUAUUACAACGAAGAAUCUUCAAACAGGGGCGUGCAUAUUAUAUACGCAAUUUGUCAGUGCCUAAGUUAAGAACCUAAAUAAAUAUAGCACUAGUGUUAUAGUAGAUUGUUAACCGAGGGUCGAAAAAUCAAUUCCCGAGGUAUUUAGACGCCCGAGAGCAGCGAGGUCGGCUAUAUAGUCCGAGUAGGAAUUGAUACUUUUACCCGAUUUAAACGCUCUACUUUUCAUUUCGAAUAUGAGGAAAAUAAAACUAGUUGUUUAUCUAAGGACAGAUUAGUAUCCCGCAAAUUUAUGUCGACUUUUUAAAUUUCAAAUAUGGAACUUACCGCGUUAUUGUUGCCGCUUAUUCCGCUCAAAGAAGUUUGCUAUAAGUUCACACUGGCUGUUUAGAAAGUCACAUGGCAUUUCUUUUGAGUUCUAUUUUCAAAGUUUUUUCCGGCCCUUGGGUGGGAAGUAAUUUGUAUGAGUUUUUCCCUCUCUAUGGAGGGAAGCAGCAUUUUCCACCCAAUAAUCAGAUCAAAACAACAUUACUUUCCGAGUAUGAGUAAUGAAAAAGUUUGUUUUUAGUUCAAGUUGGUCCAUAAAUUCUUUAACCAAUCUUCUAUUAUUUCAAUUCAACAGUAUUGUAUUAAAUAAUUAAUACCUAUUGAACAUUCACUCAUUAAACUAAAGUAUAAGGUUGACCAAAUGGGCCGGAAACUAUAUGCGAUACACAAACAACUUCAAUAUUUACACCUCAACACCCAAUAUUGUCUGAACAUUUAUAUCUACAGUGCCUACCUCCUAGAAAACUAAUGCACGCCCUUGUCUUCAAAUAAUAUGUGCAUGGCAUUGGCUACUAAAAAUCUAUAUGAUUAUGACUAAACUUUAAUGUAUUUUGUGCAAGACGCCAAGCCGUAGAUAAUGCAUCAAGUAUAUAAAUUUUAUUUUAUGGUCGUAGAAAAAGUUAUGUAUGCCACUGGGCGUGAUUAGACAUUGUAACACUCGUGCUGUCUAUUGUGCCAUUCGUCACAUGGUACAAACUGGCACCCAUGUUACCAUGACACUCAUGUUACAAUGCCACUCAUGUUACAAUGACACUCAUGUUACAGUGACACUCAUGUUACAAGGUCACUUAUUCUUCAUUCACAAGAUUCAAACAGCUGUAAAUUAAUUAUGAUGCGUUUCGCGAGGGAUACCUAUGUAGUUAAAAAUAUACCUAAUGUAGCAUCUAGCAUUGCAUAGUAUUUGUUCAUUAGUGGAUAAUGUUGUUUUAAUAUCUACACUAAAAUCUUUCAUUAUUAACUAAGGAAUAUUAUUUUUUUAUUACCAACCUCAGUAGUUUGUAGGUCUUUUAAAAUAAUAUAAUGCAAAAUCUAAUUGAAAUUUGGAUAUUAAUUAAGGGUGCAGAAAAUUUUAAUAAGUUACUCUCUCGUAGCGACAGCACAGCCCAGGAUAUUGUUGAGUUCUAUCUGUGAAACAUCUGAUGUUUAAAAUUAGCUAAAUUAUCCGACAUCGGGCAUUAAUCAUACAUAUUUAUUUAGCCAGAAUUUUCAUUUUUGAUUUUCUGAGCAAAGGGUCUGUGAAGUUGCUACUUUUCUUAAUUUUUGAUUUAUAUUAGAUUCGAAAAAGCUAGUUGUUCAAACAGUUAUCCCUUAAAUUAUUAUUGUGAUUAUUAUUUAAAGUAUAGGUACCUUGAUUAUUAUUUAUUGUAUCUAUCAUUAUUUUAUGUGUAACACAUUAAAAGAUCUUAAUAA